GUCACUCCACUGACAGUUCACUGCGUGAAUCCGCACCAAGGGCAGGUCGGUGCGGAUCUAUGAUGCUGAGACUGGGUUUCGCGUGGUCUACAUCAUCAACCACCACCAAACACAUCGCACAGGCCAGACUCUUCACCGGAUCCCUUCUGCGAAAAGACACUCCUCAUACUUUACACAACAGCCGGUUCUCUGGACCACCACAAGCCCCCCAGGUUGGCCGAAAGUCAGUGCUUGCCAGUACCAAAUUGUCCUGGGACAGCUUCAGGUCUUCUGGAGCGGUUUUCUUCAGCAUGGCAUCUGGGAGUGAUGGACCGGGCAGACUAAAGACCCCAAAACACACCAAUCGCCUGAGUAAAGAGAAAUCUUCAUAUCUAUUACAACAUGCACACAACCCUGUGGACUGGUAUCCUUGGGGACAAGAAGCUUUUGAUAAAGCAAGGAGUGAAGACAAGCCCAUUUUUCUUUCAGUGGGUUAUUCCACCUGUCACUGGUGUCACGUGAUGGAGAGGGAAUCGUUUGAAGAUGAGGAGAUUGGAAAAAUCCUCAGCGAGAACUUUGUCUGUAUAAAGGUGGACAGAGAGGAAAGGCCUGAUGUGGACAAAGUUUACAUGACAUUUGUGCAGGCAACCAGUGGCGGUGGUGGUUGGCCAAUGAGCGUGUGGCUUACACCACAUCUCAAGCCAUUCAUAGGUGGUACUUACUUCCCACCCAGAGACAGUGGAAGAAGACCUGGACUGAAAACUGUGCUUUUACGAAUUAUAUCACAAUGGCAGAGCAACAGAGAAACCCUGGAAUCUAGUGGAGAGAGAGUCCUGGAAGCCCUCAGGAAGGGGACAGAAAUCUCUGCCAGCCCUGGAGAAACUCUUCCAUCCAGCCCAGAUGUUGCCAACAGAUGUUACCAGCAGCUGGCUCACUCUUAUGAAGAAGAAUAUGGAGGUUUUCGAGAGGCACCGAAGUUCCCUUCACCAGUGAACCUGAUGUUCCUGAUGUCAUUUUGGGCAGUAAAUCGGGCCAGCUCUGAGGGAGCAGAAGCACUGCAAAUGGCCCUUCACACUCUCCGAAUGAUGGCAUUGGGAGGCAUUCAUGACCAUGUGGCACAGGGCUUUCACAGAUACUCCACAGACACCUCCUGGCAUGUUCCUCACUUUGAAAAGAUGUUAUAUGACCAAGGCCAGCUUGCUGUGGCCUAUAUUACUGCAUACCAGGUGUCUGGAGAACGGCUGUUUGCAGAUGUGGCUCGUGACGUGUUGCUUUACGUCUCCAGAGACCUAAGCGACAAGUCUGGCGGCUUCUAUAGCGCUGAGGAUGCAGAUUCCUUUCCUACGGUGGAAUCCACUGAGAAGAGAGAGGGAGCGUUUUGUGUGUGGACAGCAGGAGAGAUCAGAGAGCUGCUUCCUGACAUCGUGGAAGGCACUACAGGAGGUGCAACACAGGCGGAUAUAUUCAUGCAUCAUUAUGGUGUAAAAGAGCAAGGCAACGUAGACCCCGCUCAGGACCCUCAUGGUGAGCUGCAGGGUCAAAAUGUGCUGAUUGUGCGUUAUUCAGUGGAGCUCACCGCUGCUCACUUUGGCAUCAGCGUGGACAGACUGUCCAAUCUGUUGUCCGACGCCAGGACCAAGCUGGCUGAGGUACGGCGAGCGCGCCCACCUCCUCACCUGGACACCAAAAUGCUAGCAUCCUGGAACGGGCUGAUGUUGUCCGGGUUUGCACGUGUCGGAGCCGUGCUGGGCGACAAGGCUCUGCUGGAAAGAGCUGAGCGGGCAGCUUGUUUUCUUCGAGAACACCUGUGGGACGAAGAGGGCCAGAGGAUUCUCCAUUCCUGUUAUCGUGGAGAUAAUAUGGAGGUGGAGCAAGUUGCAUCUCCCAUCGCAGGCUUCCUGGAUGACUACGCCUUUGUGGUGUGUGGGCUGCUAGACCUGUUUGAGGCCACGCAAAGGGUCCGCUGGCUGCAGUGGGCUGAAGAACUCCAGCUGAGGCAGGAUCAGCUCUUUUGGGAUUCCCAGGGAAGCGGCUACUUCUGCAGCGACCCAUCAGAUCCGACGCUACUGCUGGCUCUCAAACAGGAUCAGGACGGUGCCGAACCCAGUGCGAACUCUGUGUCAGCCAUGAAUUUGCUGCGACUCUCCCACCUCACAGGCCGGCAGGACUGGACACAGCGCUCGCAGCAAUUACUGACUGCCUUCUCUGAUAGACUGCUUAAAGUCCCAAUCGCCCUGCCAGACAUGGUCCGUAGUGUCAUGGCCCAGCAUUACACUCUCAAACAGAUUGUUAUCUGUGGCCCGUCUGAUACUGAGGACACUGCAAGUUUGAUUUCCUGUGUCAACUCCCUAUUUCUGCCCCAUAAAGGCUCACAUAUCCCUUGGAUUUAAUACAAGGAGAGCAGAACUUGGCCCCGUUGCCUAGGCACAGCAAGACGACAACCAGAAGAGGCUGCAAGUAAUGAGUUAGUGUUAGUGAAGCCAGAAAAAAAAAACAGCACAGAAUUUCAUCUGGUCAGGGACUGAUAAAGGAAAUGCUCACACGCACACACGCUUCUCAUUGCCUGGCUGUGACGAAGCCUCAGAUGGACCCUGGUCGGAAUUGUUUGUUUAAUUGACUUGGACAUGAUCGAAAGAUCCGCCUGCAUCAGGCCGUUGAUUGCAAAGUCGGAAGGGCAUACUGAAAAAUAGAUGACACUGUGCUAUUGAGUUGAACCAGCAGUCAAAACAUCAUGCCAGCCUUAAAUCCCUCGAGUAUCACUAUUCUGCGACGAAUGAAUAAACUGCUGCUUUACCAUGUUGUAUUCUGCUAAGAGACCAGCUUAGACUAGCAUGGUUCGAGAUUUAUGCUAGUUAGUGUUGGCUUGUGCAGUCAGUAUUAGCAUACAAUGCUAUUGUAUCCACAAAAAGUAGGAAAUACUGCUGCUGCACAUAUAAUAUAAACCCCUAUAUAUAAUAUACAUCUGAAUAUGGAGCUGCAUUGAGAUCCUCGUAUCUCUGGAACGGAAUGAUGCAGAGCCUUGAAAAUUAAGUUUCCAAAUGAGAAGUUUAUUAAGAAUUAAAUUCUAAAAUCAUAUUGAGAUAUCUUUAAUACGUCUUGACUUAUAAGCAUGCAAACUUUGGAAAAAUGCUAUUUAUGGCACUCAGACAAGUAUGUUCAAUGCAGCUGUUUUGACAGAAGGAAAUGAGAUACAUUUCUAGUUUCAGCAUUAGUUGUUCUUCAGACAUUCCUCUUUAAAAGAAAAUAAGUGUCAGCUGAAUGCAGAAUGACCCACAUUUGGUUUUUGAGCACUAAAAAUGUGUAUAAUUUACUCAUGAACCCAAAUUGAGAUCCGAGUAUCUCAGGAACUGAACCACGUAGGUCCUUAAAAAUGAAGAUGACAAAAGAAAAGUUUAUUAAGACCCAAUAUCUAAAAGGGCAUAAAGAUAUAUUUAAUAUUUCUUGAGUUACAGGCAUGCAAACUUUGGAGAAAAAAACUUGAGAAGUGCUCUUUCCCCAAUUUUGAAUGGUCACCAUUGGCACAUAAUGCAACAAGGAUUGCUAAAGUCAACAGGUUUUACAAAUAGACCUACCAAACUCUGUAAAAACAGCAUAGUGUUGCUGCCAUUUUUUUUUAAAGAAAAAGAAAAGAAACUGUCAGCCGAAUGCAAAGUGAACCACAUUUGGUUUUUGACCACUGAAAAUGUGUACAAUUUACUCAUGGACCCACACUGAGAUCCAAGUAUCUCUGGAACUGAACCAUGUAGGUCCAUAAAAAUGAAGAUGCCGAAAGAAAAGUUUAUGAAGACCUAAUAUCUAAAAGGGCAUUAAGAUACAUUUAAUAUUUCUUGAGUUACAGGCAUGUAAACUUUGGAGAAAAAACUUGAGAAGUGCUCUUUCCCCAAUUUUGAAUGGUCACCAUUGGCACAUAAUGCAACAAGGAUUGCUAAAGUCAACAUAUUUUGGUAAUAGACCUACCAAUCUCUGUGUAAAAAGUAUAUAGUGAUGCUGCCCUCUUUCUAAAAGAAAAAUAAAAAGAAAAGAAGCUGUCAGCUUAAUGCAAAGUGGCUCAUAUUUGGUUUUUGACCACGAAAAAUGUGUACAAUUUACUCAUGGACCCACACUGAGAUCUAAGUAUCUCUGGAACUGAACCAUGUAGGUCCAUAAAAAUGAAGAUGCCAAAAGAAAAGUUUAUUAAGACCCAACAUCUCAAAGGGCAUUAAGAUACAUUUAAUAUUUCUUGAGUUACAGGCAUGCAAACUUUGGAGAAAAAAACUUGAGAAGUGCUCUUUUCCCAAUUUUGAAUGGUCACCAUUGGCACAUAAUGCAACAAAGAUUGCUAAAGUCAACAGAUUUUACUAGUAAACCUACCAGUCUCUGUGUAAAAUUAACAUGGUGAUGCUGCCCUUUUGCUAAAAUUAUUUUUACCCCCCUAUAAUUUGGCUCUGAAUCUCAGAUGAAAAUUGUCAUUUUGACCCUCUCUACAAAAUAGUGGAUUACUCAGUAAAUUUACAAAGAAGACAAAGUUUACAAAGUUUAAUAUUUGGGCUUUCAUCUCUACACAUUUAUCUUUUUUCAGCACAAAUAUGAACAAAAUCUAAAAUUUGAGCCAAGGACCUCUGGUUGAGUUGACACCGAAUGACCCUGGUGUGAUUGACUAAAGAGUUUACAAAAGGAUCAAUUAUUGCUUUAGAGCGAUGUUAGAGAGCAUAUUUAUGUACGGUGGACUGACAUGUCUGCUUUCAGUUACAUGGGAAGAUUAAGCUACAUUUCUCUCUCUCUCUUUUCCUAAUAUGUGUUUUUCAUUCAUCAACAAAAGAGACACGUAAUUAGAGAGGGAUAAAUGGUUCUCACCUGCAGAGUCGGGACAUGAAUUAAACGUAAUGAGAGCCAUCAUCUUAAGUCACUGAAUCGGCCAGAACCAGCGCUUUGUCUCCAUGGCAUUGGGUAUUCUUUAUAAACAAAGAAAAACAGAGCUUGCUCUUACUCAUUAUAGUCAUAUAAAUCCUGGCAAUGGAAAGAUCAUGCAUCAGUGUUCCUCAAAUACACACACACACACACACACACACACAUACAUAUUACUUCCAAAUAUUAAAGGCACGGUCUGGUUUCCUGUGUGAAAAAUGUGAAAUUGAAUCUGAGGCCUGGAGACUGUGGAGCUGAUGAGAUUUCCUGCUCGUAGAUUGCGAGAGCGUUUAGAGCGGCGUUGCGCUCUGCUUCCUACUCUAAACCAAGAGCGUCCGUGUGACACUGGCUCACCUUGCGUGUUUGUGUAGAUAUAGCUGGGAUAGAUUUAACCUCGACUCACCAAGGGUUAUCAAAACAGCAUUAUCAUUUAAAGUUGCACUGUCUGGGUUGUCUGUUUGUAGUAAGAGGCUUUUGUGCACUGUCUUUUGUGUGCACUUCAUAGUAAAGACCCCUUCUAUUAUCAAACAUUUGGUUAGCUUCAAAAAUUUGUUUAGCUUCACUGAAAACCUGUCCAUUUAUCUAUGUUUAUCGUUCUGUCAAUCUAUUGUUUUGUCUUUCUGUUUGUUAUCAUUCGAUCAUUAUGUCUAUUGUUUAUCUAUCAUUCUUUUGUUCUGUCAUCCAAACAUUCUAUCACUUGUUCUGUCGUUCACUCUAUCCAUCCAUCCUUUUAAUCAUUCUAUCAAGCAUUCCAUUAAUCUUCUAUAAUCUAAUCAUUAUAUCAAUCAGUCUAUCUAUUGCAAUGUCUGCUGCUCUAUCAUUCUAUCUAUCGUUCUGUCUGUCAGUCAUUCUAACAUUCUGUCAUUCUGUCAUUAAAUCAGUCUAUCAUUCUAAAGUUUGCUAUCUAUCUAUCUAUCUAUCUAUCUAUCUAUCUAUCUAUCGUUCAGUCUGUCAUUCUACCUAUCCUUCUACGUAUCAUUCUAUCAUUCAUUGUAUCGUUCUAUCGCUCGCUCCAUCCAUCCAUCUAAUCAAUUUAUCGUUCUAUUUUUUUAUUUGUCUCGUUCUAACGUUUUCUCAUCCAUCCAUCCAUCCAUCAAAUUUUUUUCAUCAUCCAUCAGUCUAUCUAUUGCUGUCUAUUAUUUUAUUCUAUCAUUCUGUCUAUCGUUCUAACUAUCCUUCUAUGUACCAUUCUGUCACUCUAUGUAUCGUUCUAUCAAUCUAAUGUUUGCUCCAUCCAUCCAUCCAUCCAUCCGUCCAUCCAUCCAUCAUCCAUUCAUCCAUCCAACGAAUUUGUUGUUCUGUCUAUCUAUCUAUCUAUCGUUCCAUUUAUCGUUCUAUCGUUCUAUCAUUCCAUCGUUUGCUCUAUCAUUCCAUCCAUCCAUCCAUCCGUCUAAUCAAUUUAUCGUUCUAUCGUUUUAUUUGUCUCGUUCUAUUAUUCUAACAUUUGCUCAUCCAUCCAUCCAUCAAUUUUUUUUCAUCAUCCAUCAGUCUAUCUAGUGCUAUUGUUUUAUUCUAUUGUUCUAUGUAUCGUUCUGUCUGUCUAUCUAUCUAUCUAUCUAUCUAUCGAUCGUUUGAUCUGUCGUUCUAAUUCUAUGUAUCAUUUUAUCAUUCAUUGUAUUAUCGUUCUCAUGUUUGCUCCAUAUAACCAUCGAAUUUGUCAUUUUUUUAUCUAU